CAUCAUUCGGCGUCGGGCGGCAAUGGCGGCGGCCGCAGAUCCCGGAGGCCCGAAGGUCGGCGCUGUCUGUCUGAUCGUCCUCGGCAUGGCGGGCUCCGGGAAAACCAGUUUCGUCCAGAGACUGACUGGUCAUCUGCACACUAAAGGAUCUCCUCCAUAUGUGAUCAACCUGGACCCUGCAGUGCAUGAGUUUCCUAUCCCAGCUAAUAUCGAUAUUCGGGACACUGUGAACUACAGGGAGGUGAUGAAGCAAUAUGGACUUGGGCCCAAUGGUGGUAUCGUCACGUCUUUGAAUUUGUUUGCGACGCGGUUUGAUCAGGUUAUGAAGUUCAUUGAGAAGAGGCAGCAGGAUUGUCAGUAUGUUGUAAUAGACACUCCUGGACAGAUUGAAGUCUUCACCUGGUCCGCAUCUGGAACAAUCAUCACAGAGGCCUUGGCAUCCACAUUCUCCACUGUCAUUGUCUACGUAAUGGACACAUCGCGGAGCACGAACCCCGUCACCUUCAUGUCUAAUAUGCUGUAUGCUUGCAGUAUCCUCUACAAAACCAGACUGCCGUUCAUUGUCGUCAUGAAUAAGGUUGACAUUGUGGAUCACGGUUUCGCUGUGGAGUGGAUGACAGAUUUUGAAACAUUUCAAGAUGCAUUGAACCAAGAGACUACCUAUGCCAGUAAUCUAACUCGUUCCAUGAGUCUUGUCCUGGACGAAUUCUACAGUAACCUGCGGGUGGUUGGGGUUUCAGCAGUCGAGGGCAUUGGAAUGCAUGAAUUCCUGCAGCAGGUCACUGAGGCAGCAGCUGAGUACGAAAGUGAUUAUCGACCUCAUUAUGAAAAGAUGCAGCAACAUCUGGCUGCCAAGGAGGUGAAGAAGCGUGAAGACCAACUGGAACAACUGCGAAAAGACAUGGGGGACAUUGCCAUGGAUUCCAGCCCCAUUCCUGCCAACUCAGAUGCAGAACAUGAGGUGGAUCCAGGUCCCUCAGGUCUGAUCCUAACCCGUGGGAUUGCUGAUGAAGAGGAUGAGGAAGUUGAUUCAGAUACAGAUGACCUAGAUUAUCAAAAAGUGGAGGAGCAGAGCGAGGAACCUGCCUUCCAAAGAUACCUAGAGCAGAGAAAACUCCGAAACCUCCCUGUUGCCAAAGAAUGACGAGGGAUCGGCUUGGCUGGGUGCCUCAGCCAAUCAGCUGAGCAGUCUGCUUGGAGACUCCAUUCUCGGAAACCCACCCUGAGUGGAUGGGAGGUUGAGAUGUGUUGGCUGCUUCCACGCUUCACCUGAUCACGGACUCAAUCAGUGGUGGAGUGGAAGGGUCCAGCCUGUGUCGUGGGUCAUUCCUUGUUCCACCUGAACACUUGACUUGCUAUAAUUUCAUACGUCAUCCUGUUUGGUAUUUAUUGAAUAAAAGCAGUUUGUUAUU